CUUCUCCAAGGACUCUCCUGCGGUUGGAAUUUCCACCUCUGACGUCACUGCCUGCCACUUCCAGAUUUGGGAAAAAAAUUAUUUUCACUUUGGUGGGAUUUGAAACUCUCUUGAUUCCUAGAAAGCCCCGAGACGUGAAGGAAGGUGUCAUUCAGGAGAACGAGGCAGCGACAAGGAAAAUACCAAAGAACUGUCAGCUGUGAGGCCCGUACGUCAAGAGAAGAAGAGGUGUCUGACCCUGUGAUUGGCCCCUCUGUGAUCCUGUAGUGACUGUGACUCUCUGGCCUCUCUCCUCUCUCUCUACAUUGAAUAAUCUGAACCAUGUGGACCAGCGAAGGCGAGGUUCAGGUGACAGGGCGGAUGGAGACCACCCCUGCCAUGGGCGUCCCUAGUAUCUCUGUUUCCCAGCAACAGGCCCCUAAGAAGUUUGCCCCUGUGGUUGCCCCCAAACCUAAGUUCAACCCGUACAAGGAUCCCACUGACCUUGCAGGAGGGGACUAUCCCCCACCUCCUCCUCCUGCUGAAGACGGAGGCCUCUCAUCCUCCAUCUCUUUCCCACCACCUCCACCCAGACAGGACAGAGAAUAUCAGAUGCAUGGACCAGAGAAGACCCUGGAAGAGAGGCGGUCCAGUCUGGACGCUGAGAUUGACUCUCUGACCUCUAUCCUAGCUGACCUGGAGAGUAACUCACCUUACAAGCCCCACAAUGCACAGAACUCUGGAACUCUGACCAGUCCCAACGCUCCGGUGACAGGGUACAAACGUAUGGUCAUCCCCACCCAGCCUCCUCUGACGGCCACCAAGAAGUCCUCUCCCAAGGCCGGUGCCCCAGGCGGAACACUGCCCCGGCCCCAAGCGGAGAACUCCUCCUCAGCCUCCAUACUGGCCAGGCCCCAGUUCCAGACCGCCCCCCAGCCAGUCCCAGCCUCCUACGCCACAGCCUCCACCCCCAGCCAGCCCACCUUCAACGUACAGGUGAGGUCUGCCCAGCCCGGGCCCCAGCACCAGUCCCCUGGGCCCCCCCAGCAGUUUUCCCAGCAGCCCAACAGGAGCCCGGUCCAGUACAUGGCUGCCCAGCCCAGGGGCCCUGAUUUCGCCUAUGGGCCUCCCCAGCCAGGCUUCGCUCCUCAAGGCUACCCAGAGCAGGCCUACCCGGGAGCAGGAGGGUACGGGGGAGAACCAGGAGGGUACGGGGGAGAACCAGGAGGGUACGGGGGAGAACCAGGGAACACCUGGAGACCCCAGCCGAGCUAUGCUGCUGCUCCUACCCAGCAGGGCUGCCCACAACCUGUCCCGAAGAAGACCUACAUCACUGACCCUCCUGCCAGCCUGGCGCCUCCUGUACACCUCGCCCCACAGAGGGCUCCCAGCGGUGCCAGGCCUGAGGAAGAACUGGAGAGGCUCACCAAGAAGAUGCUGUAUGACAUGGACAACCCUCCGGCUGAGGAGUACUUUGGGCGGUGUGCCAGCUGUGGGGAUAAUGUGGUGGGUGAGGGUACCGGCUGUACCGCCAUAGACCAGGUCUUCCACGUGGACUGCUUCAUCUGCAUGACCUGCAGUGGCAGGCUGCGCGGGAAACCCUUCUACGCCGUGGAGAAGAAGGCCUACUGCGAGCCCUGCUACAUCAACACCCUGGAGUCCUGUAACAUCUGCAGUAAACCCAUCAUGGAGCGUAUCCUGCGGGCUACAGGGAAGGCCUACCACCCGCACUGCUUCACCUGUGUGGUGUGUCAACGCAGCCUGGACGGUAUCCCGUUCACUGUGGACGCUGCCAACCACAUCCACUGCAUCGACGACUUCCACAAGAAGUUUGCCCCUCGUUGCUGUGUGUGUUCUGAGCCCAUCAUGCCAGCUCCAGGCCAGGAGGAGACUGUUCGUAUCGUCGCCUUGGACCGAGACUUCCACGUGCAGUGUUACCGUUGUGAGGACUGUGGUUCUCUGCUGUCUGAAGGGGACAACCAGGGUUGUUACCCCCUGGACGGACAUGUCCUCUGUAAGAGCUGUAACACCAGCCGUAUCCAGGCCCUCACCGCCAAGGCUACCACUGACCUCUGAACCCCAGAUACCCUGCUACACCGCCAAGGCUACCACUGACCUCUGAACCCCACAUACCCUGCUACACCGCUCACCUCUACUGCCUGGCUGGCUGCCCUUCAGCCCGACACACACACACACGUACACACACACACGUACACAUACACACAUGUACACAUACACACACACACACACAUACACACGUACACACACACACACGUACACAUACACACACACACACACGUACACAUACACACGUACACACACACGUACACAUACACACACACGUACACACACACACACACACAAAUCUAUGAAUAUUAUGAAAUUGCUAAUGGGGAGAAACGAAGAUGUGAUGUCCCCGAAAUGUUGACAGUCUCGGUACGAUCGUCAGCCUGUUGAUUCCUUUAUUGCUGUCAUUAUAAUUAAUGCCUGUUCCCUCUACUUGCAUUUACUCUUUGACAUUGUAGUCACUUAGCAGACACUCCUUAAUCAGAGAGAUUCACAGGGGACAGUCAGUAGACACUCCUUAAACAGAGAGAUUCACAGGGGACAGUCAGUAGACACUCCUUAAUCAGAGAGAUUCACAGGGGACAGUCAGUAGACACUCCUUAAACAGAGAGAUUCACAGGGGACAGUCAGUAGACACUCCUUAAACAGAGAGAUUCAGUCAGUAGACACUCCUUAAUCAGAGAGAUUCACAGGGGACAGUCAGUAGACACUCCUUAAUCAGAGAGAUUCACAGGGGACAGUCAGUAGACACUCCUUAAACAGAGAGAUUCACAGGACAGUCAGCAGACACUCCUUAAUCAGAGAGAUUCAGUCAGUAGACACUCCUUAAUCAGAGAGAUUCACAGGGGACAGUCAGUAGACACUCCUUAAUCAGAGAGAUUCACAGGGGACAGUCAGUAGACAC